AUGGUGGGCAUUUCAUUGAGCGUUGCGGCUGGAAAAGAUGGAAUUCAAAGUUAUACCAGUGACAAAUGGUAAGAUAAUUAUUUAGUACUUGUCUCUUCAUCUUCUGUGUCUUCCCACUUUCUCUCUUUUUGCUACAAAAUAUUUGGUGUAUUUUGAUUCUGUUUCUCCUUUGGAUGCUUUGUUACCGGUAAAAGGUGUGAGUUUGGGCUUUAUCGCCGCUGUGUUUAUUUUAUGUUCUCCUUUUACCUUUCAAGUUGUUGGCUGUCCUCAACUAACAACCUGAUCUGGAUAUUCGUCGCAUUUGUGGCACUCGUUGAAGUUGUGAGUUUAUAAUUGAUUGAGGCCACUUUAUUACUUUUUAUUUACCGGAAUUGGCUUCUUUGAAUACUCCUUUUUUCCCCUGCUCCUUUACAAAAAACAUGAACACCUUUCUGUUUUUGACCACCUGGCUCAAAGUUUGCAAUCUUCCCAAUUAUAAUGACCUGCAUGAUUUUUUUCGGCAUUUCUCAUUGUAGCAGUAUGCAGGAACGUAUACCAUUUAGUUCUCCUUACAUGAAGAUUUGGGGUUCAAUUCACAGAGAGCCGAGGGAUUCAGACUUUUUCUUUCUCUGAUGCUCGUAACAAGACCGCUAACAUUUUUUCUCUUUUCGACGACGCAUUUCACAUUUCUUACUUUUUUCCAGGUCAACAUUUUAAUACUUAUCCAGGUCCAUAAAAAGAUGAGCACACUAGUGCAGCCAAUGGUGGAAGACAAACAUUUCCGGCAGAUACGGUGGGAUUUGAAAUCAGCAUUUUACAAAUUAAUGAUAAUUAAUGAUAAAAUUUAGGGAAAACAGCAUAAAGCAAUGUGACAGAAUCGUUGUGUCAAUCACAAAUUCCACUCUAGUUAAUCUUAAAUAAUGAAACAUUAAGUGAAGGAAAACACUCCCAUCAAUUAGUCCACAAAACUUAUAUUGCUGUCGUUCUUCAGAGUUAGCAUUAAAACAUGCGCAAUGAUGGUGCCACUACUGGGCGUCACGUGGUUAUUUGGUCUUUUGUUACCAUUACACAAAGCUUUCGCCUAUAUUUUCACCAUCUUAAACUUCACUCAGGUAAGUUUUUAACAAAAGUUGUUAAAUUUUAAUCAAAGGUUUGCAUACUUAGGCGCUCAAACUACACCUCAGGUAAAAACAAACACUUACUUUAGUCAGAUGAUAUUUCCCAUUCAAAAUGAUUCUAAUCGAUACAAUAAAUUUAUUUCUCGAUUCAUGAGAUCUGCAACGUACUUUGAAUCAAUAUUUUACCCCUAUGUUACGGGGGUUUCCAAGGUGAACAAAUGAUCAGAGCAUCAAACACCUUUAACUCUAUGCAAACUUUUGUCAACAAACAUUAGCACUACACUACGACUUAUUCAAAACAUUAUUAUACUGACUAAUUAUAAUGGAAAAAAAGUGAUCUCGAAAUAAUUAUCUGUUUUUAGGGUUUCUUGAUUUUCGCCCUUCACCGUAUGCGAAACAGAGAGGUGAGAUGGAUAUCAGACUGAGAAAGUGCAUUAAGUGAAUUGUGAAAAUUUCAGACAUAAAUUAUAAAUUUGAUAGCUUAGCAACUGAUAUUUGGUUGCCUGUUCAUCUACAGAUUAGAGAGCGAUUGAGGAGUAGGCUGAACACCAUUUUUCCAUAUGCAGACGAUGGAAACUUUGCAAAGAAGAGCUCACAACGUAACCUAAGUGAUGCCGAAAAUGUAUCUUCAAUUGAGCUUGGUCAGGAUCGAGAUGUCAGCAAAGUCAGGCCUUCUGUGUCCGCUUGCUAG